AUGGCAGAAGAAGAAGCAGGAGCUCCAAAAGCCGAAACUGAAAAAAGAGUGGUUCAUACUUAUCCCUUAGUUAAGUUCUCAGAUAUGAGUGAUGAGAUGAAAUCAGAAUCUGUUGAAUUGGCGGUUACGGCUUGCGAAAAGUUUGCAGCUAAUAAUGAGGCGGCUGCCAGGAUGGUAAAAGAAGCCAUGGACAAGAAAUUCGGUCCAAGUUGGCACGUGGUGGUGGGCGAAGGAUUUGGAUUCGAGGUCUCCUAUCAGACCCAAAAUUUGAUGUAUAUGUACAACGGUGGCACUGUUGGCGUUUGCAUAUGGAAAUGUACAUGA